CUUUAUUUCUUUCUCUUCUUUUAUUGCUCUAUACUAACAACUGGUAUCAAGAGCUUUUGGUUACUCCACGAGAUUUCCUUAGUUUAAAGGAAUUAGUGGGAGUCUUCUCAGUUUAGAGGAGGCAGUGGGAGCAAUGGCAUUAGAAGAGGGGAAGGUGAAGAUCAAGAAGUUCGAUGGCAGAGAUUUCAGCUUUUGGAAGAUGCAGAUAGAGGAUUAUCUAUAUCAGAAGAAGCUGUAUCAGCCCUUAUCAGGGGUUAAGCCAGAAGACAUGAAGCAAGAAGAAUGGAACUUGCUAGAUCGACAGGCUCUUGGCGUGAUCAGAUUGACAUUAGCCAAGAACGUCGCGUUCAACAUCGUGAACGAGAAGACUACUGCAGGCUUAAUGAAGGCAUUAUCAGAUAUGUACGAGAAGCCGUCAGCAGCCAACAAAGUAUACUUGAUGCGCCGGUUGUUCAACCUCAAGAUGAGAUAA